AUGGAAGAAGCGAAGAUCGAGGCCGCCCUGCACAUUUGCAAUAUUCUCCCGGCGCACUUAUUCGAGGAAACGAUCAAACUGUUAUCCAAAGUUGACCAUAACUUAACGAAUAACAUUUUGAUAAACAAAGAAGGGCCAAUAAAAAUAAAAUUCGAUAGCCAACAAAAUAAACACUACCUUGGGAAUAUGUUCAAUAAAGAAAAGGAUUCAUAUAGGUCUCCCCACAGUAACAGGUACUACCCUGAGCAUUGCCCAAAUGGAUACAUCCCAUCGGAAUCCUUAAGGACUCUGGAAAUGUUGUACAACGAAAUGUAUGACCGGUACAGGAAAGCAUACUACAUAGGUGGAUUGUCUUCCGUUUAUCUGUGGCCAAAUCCAAUCGAAGAAGGAUUUGUCGCAUGCUUUUUAAUCAAGAAAAAGGAAAAUUACGACACAUGUACAAGUCUGACAUGGGAAGGUACUCACCUUAUACAAAAAAAAAACGAAAUGACCCUAUCUGCCUCCAUCAACAAAGCUUUGGAAACACCCAAGAAGGUGUCCAACGUUAAUUUGGUGAAGGAUAAAUAUUUCCACAUGCACAACAUGGGCAAAAUGAUUGAAGGUAUCGAAAACUCGCUGAGGAAAAGUAUUGAAUAUAUAUACUUACCAAAAAUGAAUGACAUUUUGAAUUCCAUUCGGAUGGACGAUUCGUUUUCGUCCGGUUGGAAUAAUGCUGAUGGUCGAGCCGCUCAGAACUUGCGCGCCAUUUCGAGCAACAUUGCCUUGUCCAGAGGGAGUAUACAGGACGAGUUGAGACUAAAAUUGAAAAGUAGAGAGUUGGACAAUGGGGAGGAGUACUCCCUUCGGACGUGA